UCAACCCAGAAAUUAGAAUUGGCGCUUUCUUUGAUCUCGUCAUGUCUUUACUGAGAAGCCCAAGGCUUGGAAAACGCUUGGCAGAGUUGGCAAAAUUCCCCUGGCCGUCCCUUUUUUGCCAUGGAGUCCCGCGAGACACACCGCAGUUAAUUAGUCGCAGAGCGCCUCCAACUUUCUGCUCUCGCUUCCUGCUCUUCUCUCAAACAGCUGCCUCCUCAAUGGCCGUGACCGUAACCCUGAGCCCGGGGCCCCGCUGCCUGUGGGAUGAGCCGGUGGAGAUCGCGGUGCACGGUCUGAGCCCGGCCCAGCCGGUCACCCUGCGCGCCUCGCUCCGCGAUGAGAAAGGGGAGCUCUUCCAGGCCUCCGCUCGCUACCAGGCGGACACCGGCGGGCAGCUGAACCUGGCGCGGGAGCCCGCUCUGGGGGGCAGCUACAGCGGCGUGGAGCCCAUGGGGCUCUUCUGGAGCAUGCAGCCGGAGAAGCCCUAUUGGCGCCUGGUGAAGAGGGACGUGCAGACCCCUUUCUGCGUGGACCUGGAAGUGUAUGAGGGUCACGAUCCCCAGCCCACCAAGCUACUGGCACAGGCGGUCCACGAGCGGGGCUUCCUGGGGCCGGGGGUGAGGAGAAUCCCGGUGCGAGAGGGCAGCGUGCGGGCCACUCUCUUCCUGCCUUCCGGCUCAGGGCCCUUCCCUGGGAUCAUCGACAUCUCUGGAACAGGAGGAGGCCUAUUUGAAUACAGAGCAAGCCUGUUGGCUGGACACGGUUUCGCUGUUAUGGCUCUGGCAUACUAUGGCUUUGAGGACCUUCCCAAAAACAUGAAGGAAUUUCAUCUGGAAUAUUUUGAAGAGGCUGUCCAGUACCUGAAAAACCACUCCCAGGUAAAGGGUCCAGGAGUUGGAGUGCUGGGAUUUUCCAAAGGGGGUGAUCUGUGCAUCUCCAUGGCCUCCCACCUGAAAGACAUCACGGCUACUGCCACCAUCAAUGGUUCUGUGGCAAACGUAGGGGCUGCGCUGCAUUAUAAGGGCAUGACCAUCCCCCCCCUGGGGAGUGACCCGAAACGUAUCAAGAUGACUGACAACGGUUUUGCAGACAUCAUUGAUGCUCUCAACAACCCUUUGGAGGAGCCCAACCGAAAAAGCUUAAUUCCAGUUGAGAGAGCCGAAUGCUGCUUCUUGUUUCUAGUUGGUCUGGAUGACCACAACUGGAAAAGUGAAUUCUAUGCUAACGAGGCUGCCAAAUUGUUACAAGCCCAUGGGAAGAAAAAGCCCGAGAUUAUCUGUUACCCUGCCACAGGACACUAUAUUGAGCCCCCCUAUUUCCCUGUAUGCCUGGUUUCCUUUCACAAUUUGGUAGGAAAACUUGUGGUCUGGGGAGGAGAAGUCAAGGCCCACUCCAUGGCCCAAGUUGAUGCUUGGAAACAACUCCAAGCCUUCUUUCACAAACAUUUAGAAAAUGAUCAAAUAACAAACUCUCCCAAAUUGUAACUCACCAUUUAAAAUUUAUAAUGGUGUAGACUAAGGGAGUGUUAAAAUGAUACCAAUUAGAGGGAUUGUUUUUAGAAUAACUGGAAUAGGAUUUUUUUUUCUCACCAUUAAGAUAAAGUUGAAAGUAAUCAUAAUUUUAAAACUUCUCAGAUUUGGUUGGGUUUAUUGACUAUUUUUGAGCAAAAGAAUUGAGUAUCAUUUUUUGAAACAUAAAAAUGAUGACAGCAUAUUUAGCUUACCUAGGGUAUAAAUUCUAUAAACCAUAGAAUUGGUAGGGACCUCCUAGGUCUAUACAAGUCUAUAAAUUUCCUAGAAAUAUUCUCUCUGUGCCAUAAGAAAGUUAUCAGAGGCUAAAUGAAAUGAGCAGAAUCAGGGGAUCAUUGUACAUGGUAACAACAAGACCUAUAUGAUGAUCAAUUCUAAUGGUCGUGGCUCUUUUCAACAAUGAGAUGAUACAAACCAGUUCCAAAGAUCUUAUGAUGAACAGAGCCAUCUACACCCAGAGAGAGGCCUGUGGGAACUGAGUGUAGAUUACAACAUAGCAUUUUCACUCUUUGUUGUUUGCUCGCAUUUUAUUUUCUUUCUCAUUUUUUCCUGUUUGAUGUGAUUUUUCUUGUGCAGCAAGAUAAUUGUAUAAAUAUGUAUGCAUGUAUUGGAUUUAACAUGUUUCUACCAUAUUUAACAUAUUGUAUUAUUUACCAUUUAGGGGAGAAAGGGGGAAAAGGGGGGAAUUGGAACACAGAGUUUCACAAGAGUUAAUGUUGAAAAAUUAUCCAUGUAUAUGUUUUGAAAAUAAAAAGCUUUAAUUAAAAAAUAAAGUUAGCAGAGCUUAAAAAUAAAUAAAACAUGACUAAUACAGAAAUGUUUCAUAUGGCUACACACGUAUAACUUAUAUUGAAUUGCUUGCAUUCUCAAAGAGGGGGAUUAGGGAAGGAGAAAGGUAGAGAAUUUGGAACUCAAAAUUUUAAAAAUGAAUGUUAAAAUUGUUUUUACAUGUAAUUUGUGGAAAAUAAAAUAUUAAAUAAACUUAUAAAACAUAAACAA